AAGAGCCGCUGGAGCCCUCCGCGGUCCCGGCAUCCCCCGCGGUCCCGGUAUCCUCCGCGGGGCAAGAUGGCCGCGGCAGGGACGGCCCCGGAGGUGACGGGGUGCUAGGCCGUACGUCCCUCGGCCUCUCCCGAGGGCCGAGGGGGUCCGAAGAAGCAAUUCCAGCACCUCUCAGCCCUGAUCUGGAACCUCCCGAGGGCUGCAGUGUCAGCGCUCCGACGGGGCGCGAGGCCAGUCCCUCCGUCCCCACAGGCGCGACCCCGAGCACCCCAUGCCUACAGGCGCAGGGAGGCGUAGCCUCCCCCAGGGCAGCCACCUGUGCUGGUUGCUCUGCGCUUUCACCUUGAAGCUCUGCCAAGCCGAGGCUCCGGUGCGGGCGGAGAAGCUGUCAGUGAGCACCUCAAAUUUGCCGUGCUGGCUGGUGGAAGAGUUUGUGGUGGCAGAAGAAUGUGCUCCGUGCUCUAAUUUCCAGGCUAAGACCACUCCUGAGUGUGGUUCCACAGGGUACGUGGAGAAAAUCACAUGCAGCUCAUCCAAGAGAAAUGAGUUGAAAAGCUGCCGCUCAGCUCUGAUGGAGCAGCACUUAUUCUGGAAAUUUGAAGGGGCUGUCGUGGGUGUGGCCUUGGUCUUCGCUUGCCUUGUCAUCGUUCGUCAGCGACAGCUGGACAGAAAAGCUCUGGAAAAGGUCCGGAAGCAAAUCGAGUCCAUAUAGUGACCUUCUGCCCUUUGACAGGGGUCUUUAGGGACCCUGCCUCAGACAGAGACUUGUGCCCCUCAUUCUGGGAGACUGGUGGUGGCGCCCCUUUCUGCGUUUCCCGUCUAGAUCAUUAACCAGCAAAGUAAGUAGAAUGGUUCCCUUCCCUACUGUAAUUUGGUUUGGGACCGGAAGUCAUGGCAGCAGGCAUGGAAACGGUGGCAACUUUACGCCCCAGGUUACCGACUACCUAUCUUCUCCUCCUGCUACUUAUUUAAAACUUUCAGGAUACAAUUUCAGCAAAAAAGUUUUAUUUCUCAGCCAAAACCUCUGUUUCCCCUCAACCCUAACCCCAAAGAAGAAAUAAAGUUGCAGAUGUAUGAAGUA